AUGCUAUCCACUAAAGCCGAGGAAUUUGCCGAGAAAUUCAACAUCACAAAUUUCAAGGCAUCUAGUGGCUGGCUUGAGAAAUUCAAAUUUCGACAGGGCAUCUCAUUUAAGAGAGUUUGUGGGGAGGAGAAAUCGGUAGAUUCUCAGUCUGCCGAUAUGCUCCUAUGGAAAGAAAAGUUACCAAUAAUACUACAGACAUACUCCCCAGAUGAUAUUUACAACGCAGACGAGACCGGCAUUUUCUUCAGAAUGCUACCAGACAAGACCCUAGAAUUUAAGGACGUUGACUGCCAUGGUGGAAAAAAGAACAAAGAAAGACUGACAGCUAUGGUCUGCGCCAAUAUGAGCGAGUACCAUGCCAACAAAAAAGCCUUGAUGACUUCCGACAUCUUCAAAGAAUGGGUGAAGAAGCUUGAGAAGAAGAUGAGGAAGAAGAAAAGGAAGAUUGCCUUGAUUGUUGACAACUGCCCCGCCCAUCCAAAGAUUCCUGGCCUCCAAGCAAUCGACCUAGUGUUCCUGCCCCCCAACACUGCCUAA